AUGCGAGUGGAGGUGCCAGAUGUCACAUCGCGCGCUUUCAAAACCCUCAUCAAUUUCAUUUAUUCCGAUCUGAACGUGGACACGGUAGAACUGGACGAUGAUUUUGUCAUGCAAACACUCUAUGCCGGAUUUCGGGAUAUCGAUCAUGACACACUUAUGAUGCUACUGCGACGGAGUGAGCUCGAACCCUCCAGUGAGCUGGUCAUUUUCAAGGCUGCGCAAUCCUGGAGCGAAGCGGAAUGUGAACGACGUGGAUUGAAGGUAACCCCAGCCAAUAAACGUGAAGUUUUGGGGCCAGCCUUGUCUCUCAUACGAUUCCCUCUAAUGGCUGUGAACGAGUUUGGCGAAGCAGGUCUGUCUUGGUAUUAUUUGUUUUGA